AUGGCAUCAGUCGCUCGCAGCAUCCUGAAGAAGCCUGUCAAGAUCUCUCUCAUACAGCUCCUUUCUGGGACAGACAAGGCUGCGAACCUGAAGCAUGCGGCCUCACAGGUAGCCAAGGCGGCCUCGGGAGGCUCAAAGAUUGUCGUCCUUCCAGAAUGCUUCAACUCGCCAUAUGGAACCGAGCAUUUUCCCAAAUAUGCAGAGCCAUUGCUGCCUUUACCACCAGUAAAGGAGCAGGCUCCGUCAUAUUAUGCUUUGUCGGCAAUGGCAGCAGAGAACAAUGUGUAUCUCAUUGGAGGCUCGAUUCCAGAGCUCAACUCCUCAACGAAAAAGCACUACAACACCUGUCUCAUAUUUGGGCCAGAUGGAGCCUUAUUAUCGAUCCACCGCAAGACGCAUCUCUUUGAUAUUGAUAUCCCAGGCAAGGUCACAUUUCGGGAGUCGGAAGUUCUCAGCCCAGGCAACAAGGUCACGCUGGUCGAUUUCCCCGAAUUCGGCAAGAUUGCCAUUGCCAUUUGCUACGAUAUCCGCUUUCCAGAGCUUGCUACCAUUGCCGCUCGAAAGGGAGCUUUUGCUCUAAUCUACCCCGGUGCAUUCAAUCUGGUCACGGGUGCUCUGCAUUGGAAACUGCUGGCCCAAGCACGCGCUGUCGACAAUCAGAUCUAUGUGGGCAUGUGCAGCCCUGCUCGCGUAUUGGAUUCCUCCUAUCCUGCGUGGGGCCACAGCAUGAUUCUCGACCCAAUGGCUGCUGUCUUGGCUGAGGCACAAGAGGACGAGGCUAUCAUUGAGAGUGAGUUGAAUGAAGAAAAGAUUCUAGAGACGCGAAGGAAUAUACCAUUGGAGACACAGCGCAGGUUUGAUGUCUACCCCGAUGUGAGCGCAGGAAAAGUAGCAUAUGAGGAGCCGGAUUUGGUUGGUCAGAUUCGCAACUAG